CCUAUUUUCACUGCAAAACUGACAGUCUAAAUAAUUUAUUAUAAUAUAAAGUAUUUUUAAAAAAUUCUAUUUGAUUUCACAACCAUCAUGUUCGAGGCGAGACGAUUGAUGGAAAAGUUUUCCGAUACUUAAAUUGUAAUUUUUGGUGGCCUAUGAGGUGAGGUUGCAGCCCUAUCAAACCAUUUUCUAUUAAAAAAUAGGACAUUUAAGUGCUGCGAAAAUGGCUUGCUUGCGUUUCUUAAUUGCUUCUCUCUCUAGUCUCUAUAGCCCCUACUGGACACAACUUCGCCAUGACUGUUGAGGAAUGCAUUAUUAAUGCCUGUUUUUUCUGGCAUGACUUCAUUUCCUCCCUUUCCACUCCUUUUAAGCCAUGGCCUCUCUGUGAUCUUUGCAGAGAAUUAGGGUUUAUUCACAUAGAGUUUGUGUUCUGAGACGGGGAAUCCUGUGUUUUGAGCAGAGAACUUAGUUUUAGUGGGGAGUAUGGGUUUUCCAGGGGCUUGUUUUUCCCUGUAGAAAUUCACAUUGCAGAUAAUCAGGUGUUUUGAGCUACUAUCUCUUAGCAGAGAGCUGAGCAUUGUGCAAAGAAUUGGACAUUUUGCAGAGGUUCGGCAUUUUGCGGUGAACUAGGGUUGUUCAGGUACUAGUUUUUGUGUAGAGAAUUGGAGGAAUUGGCUUUUUGUUUAGAAUUAGGAUUUUUUUGGGAGACUAGGUUUUUGCAGAGCUUGGAGCUGGGAUGGACAUGGAGAACUCUGUUGGAGACUCUGAAACGAGUGAUGGAAGGGAUGAGAUGGAGAAGAAGAAAGUGGGAUUGCUAAGGGCCUUGGUGGAGACUAAAGAUCCAACCGCUAAGGAUGUUGACAAUCUUAUGCUCAGAAGAUUUCUGCGUGCUCGUGAUUUAGAUGUCGAAAAGGCAUCUAUGAUGUUCCUAAAAUACUUAAAAUGGAGGCAUGCAAUGGGUUACACCUCUGAGACAUAUAUUCAGAAUGAACUCGCACAAGAAAAGCUUUAUAUGCAAGGAAGGGACAAGAAAGGACGCCCCAUAGGAGUCGCAUUUCCCUGUAAACACAAUUAUUCUCACAGAGAUCUCGAUGAGUUUAAGCGAUUUGUAGUCUAUUCUCUCGACAAGUUGUGUGCCAGCAUUCCGGAAGGGCAGGAAAAGUUUGUCAUUAUUGCAGACCACAAAGGAUGGGGCUAUGCAAAUUUUGAUAUCCGUGGAUAUGUUGCAGCUCUCAGUAUAAUGCAGGAUUAUUACCCAGAACGGCUGGGCAAGGUCUUCCUGAUCCAUGUGCCUUACAUCUUCUGGACUGCCUGGAAAGUUAUCUACCCAUUUAUUGAUAAGAACACCAGAGAGAAGAUUGUUUUUGUUGAAAAUAAAAGUCUGCAGUCUGUGUUGCUGAAAGAAAUCGACGAAAACCAGCUCCCAGAGAUAUAUGGAGGAAAAUUACCCCUGAUUCCCAUUCAAGAAUCAUCUUACUAGCUCUACAGUUUUUGUCAAAAAAACAUCCACCAGCUCAUAUCCUUCACUGUGCUGAUAUGUACAAUAUUCUCGUAAUUCUAAUAAUGCCAUGAUAGGAGUGUUAAUUUGAUGAUUA